AUGGAGAGAUUGAGAUUAGCAAAGGUGAGGAUGUGGGGUUGCAUGGAGAGGAAAGUUGAGGUAUGGCAAGGAAUGAGUAAGGAGGCGGGCCAAUGGGCAUGUGCGAUUGGAGAAUGGAGCCUCUCAGAGCUUUCUCGCAGCUUGCUCGCCAGCACCGACAUCUUCUCUCUCCACUUACCCCGGGCCCGCCAGCGUUCCCCGACACGCUGGCUGCGCGCCAUGUAUUCGCGUUUAGCCUGCAGAGCAGCACGCAGGCGCGGGUUGCCGCUCGUCGACGCACUUUUUAGGGUUUCGUCUCCUCCUAGCCUUGUCGAUAGCAUCACCGCCUGCUGCCAUACACAACCGCCGCACAUCGCGGCGAAUCUAGCCAGAUCUUCCUGGUUCGGCGCGCAGCGGUGGUAUUCGUCGGACGGCGAUGGCGGCGGCCGCGAGGAGAAUGACGUGGUGAUCAUUGGCGGCGGACCCGGCGGGUACGCGGCGGCGAUCCGCGCGGCGCAGGUGGGGCUGAAGGUGACGUGCGUUGAGAAGCGAGGGCGGCUCGGAGGCACGUGCUUCAACGUCGGAUGCAUCCCCUCUAAGUCCCUGCUGGAGUCCUCGCGCAAGUUCUACGAAGCGAAGCACUCUUUAGCGCAGCACGGCGUGCGGGUGGACGGCGUAACAGUGGACCUAGCGGCGAUGAUGGCGCUAAAAGCGGACGCCAUAGAAAGCCUAACCUCGGGCGUCGAGCGCAUGUUCGAGCAGCACCGCGUUAACUACGUCAAGGGCGCGGGGCGCAUCACGGGCACCCACGAGGUCACCGUGAGCCUGCUAGACGCGCACGGGCAGGUCGGGCAGGCUAAAAAAGUCCUCUCGGCGAAGAAUAUCAUCAUCGCCACGGGCUCGGACAUUCGGCAGGUGCCCGGGGUCCCGAUUGACGAGAACAAAAUCGUAUCUUCAACUGGCGCGAUGUGCCUUGAGAAGGUACCGGAAAAGAUGCUGGUGGUGGGCGGCGGAGUGAUCGGACUCGAAAUGGGGUCCGUAUGGAGUCGCCUGGGCGCAGACGUGACUAUACUGGAAUUCGCGGAUGGCAUUGGCGGGUACAUGGAUAACGAGAUCCGGCAGGCGUACCACCGCAUUCUCGAAUCCCAGGGGUUGAAAUUCCUCCUGGGGACCAAGGUGGUGCGCGGGGACGCGUCAGGCGAAGGCGUGGUGCUGCAGGUAGCGCCGGCGAAAGGGGAGGGCGAGACGCGGGAGGUUCACGCUGACGUGGUGAUGGUGGCGGCAGGACGAGUCCCCUGCACGAACGGGCUAGGGCUAGACGAGGUGGGCGUGAAACGAGACAUGAACGGACGGAUAUUCGUGGAUAGCCAUUUCAGGAGCACACGGCGGAAUGUGUAUGCCAUCGGGGAUGUGAUUCCAGGUCCCAUGCUCGCGCAUAAGGCGGAGGAGGAUGCUAUUGCGUGCGUGGAAAACAUUAUGAACGGGCACGGGCAGGUGAAUUAUGCAACGGUGCCCGGGAUUAUCUACACGCACCCGGAAGUGGCGAUGCUGGGUAUGACCGAGGAGGAGCUGCAGGCUACGGGGAUGGAGUACACGGUGGGUAAAUUCCCCUUUAAAGCGAACAGCCGGGCGCGGGCGAUGGGGGAGGUGGAGGGGUUUGUGAAGAUUCUAGCGGAUAAGGAGACGGAUCUGGUGCUGGGGGCGCAUAUACUGGGGCCGAGCGCAGGAGAACUGAUCAUGGAGUGUGUUUUGGCUAUGGAGCAUGGUGCGACGACGCUGGAUCUAGCUCGCACGUGCCAUGCUCACCCCACGCUGACUGAAGCCGUUAAAGAGGCUGCUUUGGCCGCCCAUGGGAAGCCGAUUCACUCGUGA